AUGAAAUUUACAAGUACUGACAACAUAGAAGUGGAUAGACAAGACCAAUAGAAAAUAAACACUUUUAGCAGAUUGAAUAUGCAAUACCAUGAACUUAUUCGAUUGAAUUAAGCUCGAAAAGAUGAGUUAACACGUUUGUCAGAUGGUAAAGAUGAAAUGGAAUUGAUGGAUGAUGACGAGAAGAUUCCAUUCAAAUUCGGUGAUUCUUUCAUUCGAGUGAGCGUUGAUAAAGCAAGAACAUUGAUUGAUGAAUAAGUAGCAAAUGUUAAGAAAUAAUUUGAAGAAGACACCAAGAAAAUAGAAGAAACACAUAAAUAGAUGAACAAUUUGAAAGCCAAGUUGUAUGCCAAAUUUGGUAGUCAAAUUAAUCUGGAUGAUUAAUGAGCAUCUAAGAAAAAUAUAUAUAUAUAUAUAUAAAUUUAAA